AUGCGCCGCGGUGACGCGACGGCGACGGCGACGGCGACGGCGGCGUUCGCGAAGCGACGGGAAGGCGCGAGCGACGCGCGCGGGGAGACGUACGACGUCGCGGUGGCGGGCGGGACGCUGGGGGUGCUCGUCGCGGCGGCGCUGCAGAGACGAGGCGCGAGGGUGGUGGUGGUCGAGCGAGGGGAGCUGAGAGGACGCGAACAGGAGUGGAACGUGUCGAGGGAGGAGUUGGAGCGGUUGGUGCGCGUCGGUGCGAUCACGACGGAGGACGCGGACGCGUGCACGCGCAUCGAGUUUAAUCCGAUUCGGUGCGGGUUUCACGGCGGAGGGAACGGGAACGGGAACGCGGGCGAUUUGGUGACGAGGGACAUUUUGAACACCGGGGUGUCGCCCGCGGCGCUCGUCGAGGCGUGUCGGAAGAGAUUCGAAGAGGCGGGCGGCGCGGUGCUGGAACGAGCGUCGCUGCGCGGCGUCGAAGUGUACGACGACUGCGCGGUUCUCGACGUGGACGGCGUGCCCGUGCGCGCGCGGCUGGUUUUAGAUUGCAUGGGGUUUCAAUCGCCCAUCGUGCGUCAAAUCAGAGACGAUAGAAAACCGGACGGCGUGUGCGUCGUCGUCGGAAGUUGCGCCGAGGCGGACGCGUUCGACAACUCGUCGGCGGAUUUGAUUCGCACCGUCACGGACAUCGAGGAAGACUAUAGAGGACAAUACUUUUGGGAGGCGUUUCCCGCGAGCACCGGGCCGCGAGAUCGCACGACUUACAUGUUCACGUACAUGGACGCCGAUGAAAGUCGCCCGAGCAUCGCGUCGAUGCUCGACGAUUACUGGGACCUCAUGCCUUUGUAUCAAGGCUUGGAUUCAAUCGAAGACGCCAAGCUCAAACGCGUUUUAUUCGGGUUGUUUCCGACGUACAGAGACUCGCCGCUGAAGACGGAGUUCGAUCGCGUGCUCGCGAUCGGCGAUGCGAGCGGCAUCCAAUCUCCGUUGUCCUUUGGCGGCCUCGCCGCGAUUUUGCGCCACAUCUCGCGAAUCACGGGCGCGUGCGAAGAGGCGUUGGACGCCGACUGCCUCGACCGCGAAGCCCUGAGAACGGUGAACGCGUACCAGCCGGCGUUAUCGGCCGCGUGGUUGUUCCAAAAAUGCAUGAGCGUCGAGGUCGGAUCGCGCCCGAAACGCGACUUCAUCAACCGACUCAUGCGAAUCAACUUCAACGUGAUGAGCCGCCUCGGAGAAGACGUCUUGCGCCCCUUUCUCCAAGACGUCGUCACUUUCAAAGGCUUGGGCAAAACCUUAGUCUCCAUGACCCUGACAGAACCGUUAUUCGUCCCCGAGAUCCUCAUGAACGCCGGCGUGGGUCCCAUUUUAGAUUGGUUCAAGCACUUCGCCGCGCUCGGCGCGUACGAUUUCUUGGCUUCGCCAGCCGCCGCUCUGGCCGAUACGGUCAAAGACUUCAGCGCGGUUUCUCCGCGCCGUCGUUUCAUCAUUCGUCGUCAGUGCGAAGCCAUCAUUUACGGUGCCGGUCGCGACGUCAUCCCUUAA